AUGGACGUUAUGGUCGAUGAAAAACGCGAGGCUAUCCCUGCCCUAGGCUUCUAUCCACAUGAACCAAUCAGUACUGGAACAACUUUGAUUGCAAUGGAGUUUAAUGGUGGCGUCGUUGUUGGCACAGACUCCAGAACCAGUUCUGGGUCAUUCAUUUCGUCACGAGCCACGAACAAAAUCACGCCUAUCACUGAGCACAUGGCCGUGUGCCGCUCCGGUUCCGCUGCGGACACGCAGGCUAUUGCCGAUAUAGUAAAAUAUCAUAUUGAAGCUUAUUCUAUGCUUGAGCAAGAACCAGUAACGAUCUACCGCGGUGCUCAGAUUUUUCGCAAAUUCCUCUACAACUAUCGUGAUCAGUUGUCUGCUUCUGUGUUGAUAGCUGGUUGGGAUGAGAAAAAUGGGGGGCAGCUUUACGCAAUUCCAAUCGGUGGUUUUGUCACGCGGCAGAAAUCAACUGCAUCCGGAUCAGGAUCUACUUUUGUUCAGGGUUUCCUUGAUAAUGCAUGGAAGCCAAAUUUAACUAAGGAAGAGUGUCGAGCAAUAGUCAAGCAAGCAGUAGGACUUGCUGUAUUUCGUGAUGGUUCUUCUGGUGGUGUGGUACGUGUAGCAACUAUCGACAAAUCAGGUACAAAGCUUGAGCUGUUUCGACCCGACAAACCUGGCUUCCCCGUUGUUAAACCUCCUGGUGCACAUCUUUCUUUCCCGCCCCAUAUCGAGCAGGCCGAAGUAUAA